AUGAAAAGACUGGGAUUCGAGACUCGCGAAAUUGCUGAAAAGGUCGUUCAACAAUUCCACAACGUUGUUGGAAAGGACGGAGUAAAGCUCCUCCUGCGCUUUGCAGAUACCAAGGCUCAAAAACAACUCAAACAUCAAAGCAACGAGCGUCGUGCUUACCGUGCUGGAGAAUAUAACUAUUCAGUUGAGCUUGUUAAUAGUGCUACUCCAUCUCCAAGCCUCCAUCGUCUACAGCAAGCUGCCUCUCAUUUUAGCCCAACUUCUCAAAAUAGCUACCCCUCUCCAAUUGGGAGUGUCGGACAAGUUUGGACUCCUGCAACAUCCAUUUCUCCACCGUAUGAAUUCUCCACUCCCUUGCUCCAGCUUGAUAUAUACUAA